AUGGCUACGCAGGCAAUAAAAAAGUAUAAGUGCCCUUUAGCAGGAUGCGAUAAAAGGUAUGCUAAACCUUGUUUGCUCCGUGAGCAUACUCGCUCCCACAACAAUGAUCGGCCCUACGUUUGUCCCGAACCGGAAUGUGGGAAGAGAUUUAUUAGGGUAUGCCAUCUCAAUGUUCACAAGUGGUCUCACUCCAAAGUGAAGCCGCUGGCUUGCACUGAGUGCCACAAGGGUUUUACAACUAAACAGCAGUUAUCACGGCAUCUUCAAACGCACAAAAUGCCUGAAAAUAACAUGGAAUUCACCACAAACCUCCAACCAUAUAAUUGUUCUCCGAAUAGCCACCGAUCAGUUAAAAGCUUUGAAGAAAAUAAGAUCCUAAAGAUCAAAUGCACAUACGACUUGUGUGAAAAGGUUUUCUUCACGGGUUGGGACUUGACUGAACAUCUACUUGAUGAGCACUUGACCUCGAAAAUUGCUCCCGAAUGUGGGGAAAUACAAUUACCAUUAUGUAUGGAAGAGGCUGGAUUAGAACCGAAUCAGCUCGAAAUCGAAACUUUUUUCCGUAGUUGCGAGGAGACUUUCCUAAAGGAUUAUGACUAUGAGGCUGACUCGUGGCGAGAUCUGAAAUGUAAAAAAUGCGAGUGCUUUGGUUGGUCGGCUCCAUCUUAUACUGCGUUGAUAGAACACUAUGAAGAUCGACAUAUGGAGAUACCUGUCUCCCUGUUGCAAAUGUGCUUUAGGAGUGAAAGUAAUUUCUGA